CAGCCUCAGCUUUGUGCUGCGUCCCACUCGGACUUUUCGCGUUAACCAGAAGCCCAGCGGUUCAGAAUUUGCUCUUACAAGCGUCUCUUGUUUAAUUUGUGGUUGAUAUCUUUUCCGGCCCAUCUUUGAGGAGCGUUCCGUGGAUUAUCGACGAAAGAGGCAUACAGUACCUGUCACGUCGUAUGUCAUUGUGUGAAGUCUCAUUCAAAUUAGUUAUUGAGAAAUCACAUGGCGAGUGUUAUCUAUCUCUUCCCAGCCUCCCAAAUCCUACAGGUAUCUACGAAAUAUGUCGUCCAAACUAUUGAAGGGCACUGUGAACUGUGACAUGGGAGAGAGCUUCUCUAUCUAUUCUGUCGGAGAUGACGAGAACUUGAUGAAGACAAUCCACCUAGCAAACAUCGCAUGUGGGUUCCACGCUGGAGAUUUCUCAGUCAUGAACCAAGCUGUAAUAUACGCAAAAGAGAACAACGUCCUUGUAGGAGCUCAUCCUAGUCUUCCCGAUCUCCAAGGUUUUGGACGACGAGAGAUGGCAAUACAACCCGAUGAACUCGCUUCGUGUUUUAUUUAUCAAGUCGGUGCUCUCAACGGCUUCUUAAAACGCCAUGGCCUCCUAAUGAAUCAUAUCAAACCACACGGCUCCGUCUACGGCCAAACUUCCCGCGAUAUCGAGCUCGCACGUGCAGCCGUUGGUGUCGCAAAGACUUUCAACGACAGUGCCGCUCAGCCUGGAGGCAUUGCUUUCAUGGGUCUCCCAGGAACGGCCCACCAGCAAGCAGCGGAAGAGUUGGGCGUACCUUUCAUAGCAGAAUGGUUCGCAGACUUGAACUACAGCCCCGAGGGAAAGCUGCUCAUUACGAAAAUACACGAACAUAUUCCUACGGAGGAAAUUUGCACUAGGGUUCGCACUUUGCUCAAGUCGCGCCAAGUUACGACGACGUCCGGCUCUCUACUUCCCAUGAGCGACGAUAUUUCAGAAGUGUCCAUUUGCUGUCACUCGGAUACAAAGGGCGCUGUUGAAAUUGCACAGGCUGUCAAGGCAGUCGUCGAGCAGUGUAAUCGAGAGGCAGGGUUUGUCUGACACAAGAUAAUGUCGCUUAAACAUGUACACAUAAUCAUGGUAUUAUGUGACCUAUGUAAUCCAUCGCAUUUGUGCUUUUAAACU